AUGGGAGUUGCUGCUGCAUGCAGCAGCAAAGACAGAAACGUGAGAACGCCUUGGUAUGCUUUGCUGCUGCUGAAAGCAGCUCUGCUGCAGCGCCAAAAGAAGCAGAAGCAGCAGCAGCAGCAGCAGCAGCAGCAGCAACAGCAGCAGCUGGAUUUCUCUCUUAUCCCGCCGUGGCUGCUGCCAUCUGCUGCUGCUGUGCUGCGCUGCAGCAGCUCUCCUGCUGCUCUGCUGCAGCAGCUGCAUGCAUUGUGUGCGUUGGAGUCUGCUCCUACGGAGCAGCAGCUGCAGCAGCAGCAGCAGCAAGCGCGUCAGCAAGCAGCAGCAGCAGCAAGGGACCGUCGGCUAUCCCGCCGUAGUGAGCUGCUGCUGCAGCAGCAGCUGCAGCAGGUUAAGGUGUAUAGACACGAGUGGUUGCUGCUGCUGCCGCUGCUGCCUUUCUGCUGCCCCUUUGAGGCCGCAGACUGUCUCCUUUCUGCUGCUGAGCGUGCUUCAUUUGUCUCCUUUUCAGGUGCAGCAGCAGCAGCAGCUGCUGCUGCUGCUGCUGCUGCAGCAGACCAAGACGCAGCAGCAGCAGCAGCAGCUGCUGCUGCUGCUGCUAAAAACAACCCCAAUACUAUGCAACGAGCAGCACAGACCCUGGGGAGGUCAGCUGCAUUUGCUGCUCUUGCUGCUGCUGCGCUGCAGCAGCAGCAGCAGCUGCGGCUAGGGAAAACAGCAGCAACAGCAGCAGCAGCAGCAGCUGAUGCUGCAGCUGCUGCUGCUGCUGACACCACCUCUGCAGCAGAGCAGACCGAUACUGCUUUCCUCCCAUUGGCUGAUACAGCCAUACUCCAGCAGCAGCAGCAGCAGCAGCAGCAGCAGCAGCAACUGCUGCUGCAGGCAACACCCCAUAUACCUCUUCCGCUGCUGCAUCUGCAUCAGCAGCUACGCGUCCGGCAGCAGCUGCUGCAGCAGCUCAGCAGCAGCAACGGCCUGACAGCAGCACCACAUGAGCCAGCAUGCCCAUCAGCAGCAGCAGCAGCAGCAGCUGCUGCUGCUGCUGCUGCUGCUGCAGCAACGUCGCGUUACGGGGAUUGGCAAACAGCUUGGCUGCAGCAGCUCAACACAGUAUUUGAAGCAGAGCUGCUACUGGAGACAGCACCAGCUGCUGCUGCUGCUGCUGCUGCUGCAGGUGCAGCAACAGCAGCAGAUGCAACAGCAGCUGCAGCAACAGCAGCAGCAGACAGCAGCAGCAGCAUAUGCCCUGCUGUAUUGGCUGCCCUUAACGACUUCUUCGACUGGCUAGCGCAGCCACAGCGGCAGCGACAGCAGCAGCAGCAGCAACAGCAGCAGCAGCAGCAGCAGCAGCAGCAGCAGCAGCAGCAAGACAGCAGGUACAUAUCGUACAGCAGCAUUAGGGAGAAGCUGCUGCAGGCCGUCGAUGGAGAGCCAGACGAAACUCUCUUCCUAGAGGACGCUAUCCGCUGUCUCCGCAACAGCAGCAGCAGCAACAGCAGCAGCAGCAGCAGCAGCAGCAGCAGCAGCAGCAGCAGCAGCAGCAGCAACAGCAGCAGCAGCAGUAACAGCAACACCAGCAUCAAUAGUACCAUGAUAGCCCAGCACCAACCUGCGCACACGGAAAUACAAACGCAGUCUCUUUAUCAGAGCCUUCGCCUCACUCAGGUCCUGCAGCAGCAGCAGCAGCAGCAGCAGCAGCAGCAGCAGGAGCAGCAGCAACAGCAGCAGCAGCAGCAGCAGCAGCAGCAAGAAUAA